AUGCUGAAUUUCGGCCAGAAUGGGGGUGGAGUGCAGAUGGAGAUGGCAAAUCUGAAAGCUGCACCAGUGUUAAAUCCGAAUUACGGUAUGGUGAUAAAGUAUCUAGAUUGCCUGAAUCGUCUGGCAGACUACCUGUUAAGUCGAGGAGCCACAGGGUUAGCACCAUGGUUGAUGGAAGUGCAGUGGUUAUUGACUUCCUUACAGAAGAGGACGUAUCAUAGAAUGCCAUUAACACCAAUAGAGAGAACAUCGAUCAUAUCGUUUGCGUCCUACUGGCGUAGGAGGACUGAGCCACCAUAUUUGAUGGGUAGACCAGAAGCUCAGCUCGUCUUGAUAGCAUUGACGGAAUUUGCAAUGCAUUAA